CAUGUCUUAUACAAACCUUCGAGUGACUCUCACAACAGUUAUUGAGGUAUUAUCGAUGCGAUGUGUUGUGGAGGGUUGAGCCCCGUCGGAGGGCCUAUUUGACGGAAGCGCGGAGGGGUUUGUAUGGUGGCCGGGCCUGGCUGUUUAGCGGUGGUACGGUCCUGAAUGGAGGAAGUGUUUUCCUGCGGGGUAAACAGUGACAGCUAUAGGGCAGACUCCCUCAGCCCCCUAAAAACAAAUCGAAAAUGGAUUCAGACAGUAAACUGGUCGCCCAGCUGAAUUCUGAACUCUACUUCCUAAUCGCCCGCUUUCUACAGUCUGGACCGUGCCAGAACGCAGCGGAGACGUUGAUCCGGGAGGUGGAGGAGAAGGAGCUACUGCCCACACGACGGGACUGGACGGGGAAGGAGCACCCAGGGAGAUACGAAGAUUUGGUGAAGCUGUAUGGCCACAUCAGUCCGGACCACCUGCUGCAGGUGUGCCAGAGGGUGUGUCCUCUUCUGGAGGAGGUGGUUCCUGCCAGCGUCCCCGGGAUCCACAGUCUGCUGGGGGCGGGGCGACAGAGCCUGCUACGUACCAAUAAGAGCUGUAAGCAUGUGGUGUGGAAGGGUUUGGCCCUGGCAGCACUGCACUGUGGUAGGCCCCCUGAGCCGCCAGUCAUCUAUGGGAGCCCGCCCAGCAUCGUGGAGACAGGUCACGGCCGUCGUCUGAUUGGUUCGUACCGACUGGGUCAGCUCCUCCCCACUGCGGUCUACUCACACAUGAAGAUGCACAAGAGGAUUCUGGGACAUCUGUCCUCUGUCUACUGCGUCACCUUCGACCGCACUGGACGGCGCAUCUUCACCGGUUCAGAUGACUGCCUGGUGAAGAUUUGGGGGACGGAUGAGGGCCGUCUACUGGCAACGCUGAGAGGACACGCUGCUGAGAUCUCCGACAUGGCCGUGAGCUAUGAGAACACCAUGCUAGCUGCAGGUAGCUGUGAUAAGACCAUCAGAGUAUGGUGUCUUCAGACCUGUGUUCCUCUAGCAGUACUGGAAGGACACUCUGCAUCCAUCACCUCUCUACAGUUCUCUCCUCUGGUCAGCGGUUCUCAGCGGUUCCUGUCCUCCACCGGAGCCGACGGGACCAUCUGCUUCUGGCAGUGGGACGCACGCACUCUCAAGUUCGGUCAGGGGCCUGGUAAGUUCACGGAGCGGUCCAGACCUGGAGUUCAGAUGAUCUGCUCUUCCUUCAGCGCAGGGGGUAUGUUCCUAGCUACAGGUAGUACAGACCACAUCAUCAGAGUGUUCUACUUCGGUUCUGGACAACCACAGAAGAUCUCUGAGCUGGAGUCACACACUGAUAAAGUGGACAGCAUCCAGUUUUCAAACUGCAGUGACAGGUUUGUGAGUGGCAGCAGGGAUGGUACAGCUCGUAUCUGGCAGCUCCAUCAGCAGGAGUGGAGGAGCAUUCUACUGGACAUGCAGGCCAAGUUACCAGGGAAGUACAAUCCCCCUCCGCUGGAGGACAAGGUGACCAAGCUGAAGGUUACCAUGGUAGCCUGGGAUCGUCACGACAACACAGUCAUCACCGCUGCCAACAACCUGACGCUCAAAGUCUGGAACUCUACCACCGGAAACCUCAUCCACAUAUUGAUGGGUCAUGAGGACGAGGUGUUUGUCCUGGAGCCACACCCCUUUGACCCCCGCAUCCUGUUCAGCGCCGGGCAUGAUGGGAAUGCCAUCGUCUGGGACCUGGCCCGAGGGGUCAAGAUACGAUCCUACUUCAACAUGAUUGAAGGUCAAGGCCAUGGGGCGGUAUUUGACUGUAAGUGUAGUUCUGAUGGACAGCACUUUGCUGCUACAGACUCACAUGGUCACCUGCUCAUCUUCGGCUUCGGUUCCAGCAGCAAGUAUGACAAGAUAGCAGAUCAGAUGUUUUUCCAUACGGACUACCGCCCGUUGAUCCGGGAUGUUAAUAACUACGUGUUGGACGAGCAGACCCAGCAGGCACCACACCUCAUGCCCCCUCCCUUCUUGGUGGACGUGGACGGGAACCCCCACCCUCCUCCAUACCAACGCCUCGUACCCGGACGGGAGAGCUGCAGAGACCAACAGCUCAUACCACAGAUGGGAGUCACCUCCUCAGGACUGAACCAGGUGGUCAGUGAACAGGCUGUUGAAGGAGCCUCUCCUCUAGACAACAUGAUCCACAGACUUCAACAGGAGCAGGACCAGAGACUGUCUACCGACACACACAACAGAGAGGUUCACUCCCCCCCCAAUGUGGGUCUGCGUCGCAGUGGUCAGAUCGAGGGGGUGAGACAGAUGCACAGCAAUGCCCCCCGGAGCCAGAUGGCCACAGAGACAGACCUGGUAGCAUGGAGCAGGAGGGUACUGGUCCCUGAGCUGGGGGACGCUGAGCUCAGGAAACAGCUAAACUGGAGGGAGGCUAAAGGAGAGGAGGAGAUCAGUGUCUACAGAUCAGAGGGGAGGAGACACACUGCCCACCUACACAGAGAGAGCAAGGUAUCCUCUCCAGACUGUGUAGGGGUGGAGGAGGGGAGGAGAAGUCAUGGUAACCAUGGCUACCAGACGCGUGCGGCUGUGGAGGAGACGAGUCGUCACAGCGCUGAGAUUGCUGAUGAUGACGACAACAACAGCAUCUCAGAGGGAGAGGUAGAUGUGCAUCCUAACCCUGUGAAUGGGAACUCUUCAGAGGAGGAGAAGGAGGAAGAGGAGAAGGAGCCCUGGCCUGAAGACCACAGCAGCUCCAGUGACUACUCCAGUGACUACUCUGACUGGACAGCAGAUGCAGGGAUCAACCUGGAACCACCGAAGAAGAGUGUGAAGGUGAAAAAGAAGAGCAGCAGCUCUGAGGAGGAUGGAGAGAAGAAGAGAGAGGGAAAAAGAGACAGGAAGAAAGACAAAGCAGACAAAGAUGGAGCGCUACCAAAGAAGAAGAAGCCAAAGGAGAGGAGGAAGGUUCUCUGGGUAGAGUUCCAGGAAGAGGGACUAACUCUCGAAGAGUGGCUUCCGUCAGCCUGGAUCACAGACACAGUCCCUCGGAGAUGUCCCUAUAUACCACAGAUGGGAGAUGAGGUUUACUACUUCCGUCAGGGUCAUGAGGCGUAUGUAGAGAUGACCAAACAGAACCAGAUCUACAGCAUCAACCCUAAGAAACAACCCUGGCACAAGAUGGAGGAGCAGGAGCUGGUGAAGAUAGUAGGGCUGAAGUAUGAGGUUGGUCUCCCCUCUCUCUGCUGCCUCAAACUGGCCUUCCUGGACCCUGAUACUGGCAAGCUGACUGGAGGCACCUUCUCCAUGAAAUACCACGACAUGCCUGACGUGAUUGACUUCCUGGUUCUGCGGCAGCAGUUUGAUGAUGCGAGAGACCACAACUGGACCAUAGGUGACAGGUUCAGGUCGGUGAUAGACGAUGCCUGGUGGUUCGGGACCAUUGAGGACCAGGAGCCCUUCCAACCAGAGUACCCAGACAGCCUUUUCCAAUGCUACAAUGUCUGCUGGGAUAAUGGUGACACAGAGAAGAUGAGCCCUUGGGACAUGGAGCCUAUUCCCAACGAGGUAGUGUUUCCAGAGGAGCUGGGUCAGAGCGUUCCUCUAACGGAGGAGGAGCAGAGAGAGCUGCUGUAUGUUCCCCUGGAGGGGGAGUGGGGCACCGCCACGCGGAACCACGAGUGUCAACGCAUCGUCAACGCCAUCGACCAGCUUACCACACUCGAUGUAGCUGUACCGUUUGCCUUGCCAGUAGAUCUCCAGGCUUAUCCUUCCUACUGUACUGUAGUAGCCUACCUCACGGACCUCAGCACCAUACGGUCCAGGCUGGAGAACCGCUUCUACAGGCGUAUGUCAUCGUUGAUGUGGGAGGUGCGUUAUAUUGAACACAACGCUCAAACCUUUAAUGAAACUGGAGCCUUCAUCGUUAAAACGGCCAAGUUCGUCUCUGACCUCAUGCUCAGCUUCAUCAAGGACCCCACUAUGACCGACAUUAUUCCUCUCUACAACACCAUGAAGAAGACUGCUUUCUCUGACACCGAGGAUGAGGAUGAUGAAGAUGAGGAUGAAGAUACGGACACUCCUGGAACGUCCACACGAAACAGGAAGGGUCGUGGCGUUGGUCUGCAGCAGCUGCAGCGUGGCGGUGGUGUAAGGCGAGGCCGGCCCUUAGACCCCCAGGCCUGGCGGGGGCGCAGCAAGGAGCUGAUAGACCUGCUCUUCCAGUGUGAAGACUCAGAACCCUUCAGACAACCUGUCGACCUGGAACAGUACCCCGACUAUCUGGACAUCGUGGACACCCCCAUGGACUUUGGGACGGUGAGGGGGAUGCUAAGAUCGGGGGAGUACACCUCUCCCCUGGAACUCUACCAGGACGUACGGCUCAUCUUCAGCAACUCUAAAGCUUACACACCCAGCAAGAAGUCCCGGAUCUACAGUAUGAGUCUCCGUCUGUCUGCGUUGUUUGAGGAACAUGUCAACUCCAUCCUGGCUGACUACAAAGCCAUUCAUGGACAGACGGACAGAAAGACGAGACAUAGAGCAGACAGACAGACCAGACACGUGGCGGAAAGACAAACCGACAGACAGACCAGACACGUGGCGGAAAGACAAACCGACAGACAGACCAGACACGUGGCGGAAAGACAAACCGACAGACAGACCAGACACGUGGCGGAAAGACAAACCGACAGACAGACCAGACACGUGGCGGAAAGACAAACCGACAGACAGACCAGACACGUGGCGGAAAGACAAACUGACAGACAGACCAGACACGUGGCGGAAAGACAAACCGACAGACAGACCAGACACGUGGCGGAAAGACAAACCGAAAGACAGACCAGACACGUGGCGGAAAGACAAACCGAAAGACAGACCAGACACGUGGCGGAAAGACAAACCGAAAGACAGACCAGACAAGCUAUGAAGAGGAGGAGGAGUGACUCUCCCUCCAGCAGCGCUGCCUCAAGCCCAGAGAGGAAGAAGCGUGUGUCAUCGAGGGGUGUAUCCAGACUAGAUUCCUUGGCCCCACCCACGGCUCCAGCUGCAGCCCCACAGCGCCCCCCCUCCUUGAGACAGACCCUCCCCAUUCGACAGCCCCUCCCCCUCCUCAAUGGGAAGGCAGAACAACAGAUCCCCGGACGAACACGCAGCGCCAGGACACAAACACCCUCCACAGCAGACAUGCACAGCACUGCAGCCUCCCCUCGUAGCCCCUCACCCCAGGCUACUGCCCACCUGAAUGGCCACAGUAGUCAGGAGACAGUGGGCGUGUCUGCAGGUCGGAGGGGACGGAGACCCAGAGCAGUGACCCCUGAACCCAGUCCUAGCCCUGCCCCCAAAGGUCGCCCUCCCGGCAGGAAGAGAGGCAGGAAGUCCAAACAGGAACUAGAGGCCAUGAGGAGGGGCCUCCGGCGAAGCUCCACCCCAGAGGACAAGCUCAACCAAUCCACAGGCGACGAGGGCGGGACUUCCUCUACCCAGGAAGCGUCUGUGCUGUCGGGGGCCGGACUUCCAGGAACUCCACGGCGCCGCGGUAGGCCAAGACUGGUCAGGACAGAGAUAGCCCCUCCCCCUUCCAGCCCCGACCCCUCCCCUUCCCCUUUGAGGAGGAGCAGCCGGCGAAUCAACGACGAGAUGACUCCCCCUGCCCAGUAUCUGCAACAAUCACAGCGCGUGAGGGCAUCGCCACAGGAAGAAAACGACGAUGAAGAGGAGGAGGCGGAACAGGAAGGGGAGGGGUCAGCGGGAUCGAUGCGUACGCGUAACCGGGGCCGACGGACGGCAUACUACACGGAGGAGGACUCAGAGGAGGAGGAGCAGAGACAACUCCUGGUUGAAGACUCCUCCCUCACCUUCGGCACUUCCUCCAAGGGGCGUGUCCGCAAGCUCACAGACAAGGCCAAGGCCAACCUCAUCGGCUGGUAACCAUGACAACCAAACACACCGUCAUUAUUAUGGGAUGGUUCCACAACAACCACACCCUGGUAACCACGACAACCAUGCAUUUACUUUGGGCUGGUAACAAAGACAACCCCCCACUUCCAGACCAGAGGAGAAGAUUGGUUCGUCUGACUACGCCAUGUUGUAGAGCAGGCUGCUCCUGGUGUCUCCCCGUCCCUGUGUCCAUACUCUCCCCUCCACACCGUAGACCAGCCUGAAGGUCCUCUCUCAUUGGUUGACUCUCCCACAAACACCUGGUCUCCUGUGGGGUUUGACUCGUCUUCUGGACAGACAACCACAUGACCAUGGAUACACACACAUACAGACACUGUAAAAGCUUCCUGUGUCUCCUUAUGUGGUCAACAGGACUGUAGACUGACUCUGCUCUCUGACUGUUCUCUCUGACUGUCUCUCUGACUGUCUCUCUGACUGUCUCUCUGACUGUCUCUCUGACUGUUCUCUCUGACUGUUCUCUCUGACUGUCUCUCUGACUGUUCUCUCUGACUGUCUCUCUGACUGUCUCUCUGACUGUCUCUCUGACUGUUCUCUCUGACUGUCUCUCUGACUGUUCUCUCUGACUGUCUCUCUGACUGUCUCUCUGCUUGUCCUUUCUGACAGUUCUCUCUGGCCGUCUCAAUGUGUGUUCAUGUUUGCAUGUGUGUGUGCAUAACACCAAAUGGGUAGCGAGUGUGUAUCAUAGUGAGUUGUGUGGUGGUUCUAUCCAGAGAGAGAGAGAGAGCGGAUUGAAGGUUGUGUCUGUAUGAAAGACAGUCCUCAUCAUUAGCAAUACCUGGUGCCUUUCUGUGGGGUUUACCUGUG